AAUUUUGUCUAGACUUGCUCUGUCAGCAUCCAGAGGUAUGGAUUUAACAAAGGAAACUAUGUCUUCAGAGUGUCAUAAACAAGAGCAGCACCAACGGUCAGAAGAAAAUAAUUCACAACAUGAGUCACAAAAUAACUAUUUACAUGGAUCCGCUGCUAAUAAAUUGCCUUAUGAUCUCCUACAAAGUCUUUCCUCACAAAGGAUUUGGUGCCAAAGUAGAAGAAAACAACCAAGCUUCAUGUCACAAGUACUAAAAUCUGAGUUUGUUCCAAAUAGGACAUAUAAUCGUAAUACCAUCACUGUGAACCCAGACUGCAGGUUUGGUAAGGUGGUGAUACCAUCUGAGUCAAAAAUGGCCUCUCAAGGAAUGUCAUCUAAUCAGAGGGCUUCGCAGGAUUUUGAUACUAUUUGGAAUAAUCUGGAACAUAUUUCACAGAAUGAAUAUGCACAAAUUCAUGAAAGAGGAAUUGCAUAUGAAUUCAGGGAAAAUGAGCCCGAACAAACUUCUCUUGAAAUUCAAUCAUUCAGGAUUGGCUCCAAUGAAGACUAUACUGGGAGGAAUGAUAGCUUAACAGAUUUGCUUGUCACAGGACCAUCAAGCUUAGCUCAGUUGUUAAAUCCCAUAAUGGGCCAGUCACACAAUCAGCUGGGUUUAAAUGACUGUCAGCCAAGUGUUCUUGGAAAUACCUGUAAUUACGAUGAAGUACCUGUUUCAUCCACACCCUAUCCUCACGAAAGCCUCCAAUCUCCAAAACCAACAGUUCCGUCUAAUACAAAUUACCCAGGUGAUUACCACUUCGAAAUAUCUUUUGCACAACCCUCAAAGGAAACAAAAUCAACUACUUGGACAUAUUCCGACAAAUUAGACAAAUUGUAUGUGAGAAUGGCUACCACAUGUCCUGUCCGAUUUAAGACAUUACAGACGCCUCCAUCUGGUUGCCAGAUUCGGGCAAUGCCUAUAUACAUGAAACCAGAACACGUUCAAGAAGUAGUAAAGAGAUGUCCAAACCAUGCAACCGCUAAGGAACAUAAUGAAAAUCAUCCAGCCCCUCUACACAUUGUCAGAUGUGAACAUAAGUUAGCUAAGUAUGAAGAAGAUCUUUAUAAUGGGCGUCAAAGUGUGUUAAUACCACAUGAAAUGCCACAAGCGGGCUCUGAGUGGGUGAUCAACUUAUACCAGUUCAUGUGUCUUGGUUCUUGUGUUGGAGGUCCAAACAGAAGGCCUAUACAACUAGUAUUUACACUGGAAAAAGAUAAUCAAGUGUUAGGGCGACGGGCUGUUGAAGUUAGAAUAUGUGCGUGCCCUGGGAGAGACAGAAAAGCUGAUGAAAAAGCUGCUUGUUCACCUGCAAAACCUCCAAGCCCGCAAAAAAAUGGGUUUGCUCAGAGAUCAUUAUUAAUCACGAACGACAUAACAAAAGUAGCACCAAAAAAGAGAAAAAUUGAUGACGAAGUAUUCACACUUAAAGUGAGAGGGCGAGAUAAUUAUGAGGUGCUUAGUAAGAUACGUGAUGCAAUGGAAUUAGCUGCUCGAAUCCCAGAACCAGAACGCCUAUUAUACAAACAAGAAAGACAGUGGCUAUCAUCAGAUGAGGUUCCAGAUUCUCACUCCAGUCCUACAGUUUCCCAAGGUGUUAGUCCUGCCCGCAAGAAAGUGAUGAAACUGACCAAACUGAUCCUUAAAUGAACACUUGGAACUUAAAACCAAGCUCUACUAUAUGUAUAAUAAUUUAACAUAAAACACUUCAGUUAUGUGUAGGCCUGACAAUAUCAAAUUUCACACAGAGACCAAUGCUUAUAUUUAAUUAUUGAAGGUCCUCAAUUUAGGUUGCGUUGAUAUUGCAACAGCACCUGUGAAUACAUGCCAGGAAAUAUGUCGAUAAUGAAGGAAAUACAUUUUUUAAUGAUGAUCUACACCCAGACACAAAGCAUUGCUGCUAUUUUCUCAUCGUGGACUCCAUUCUUGUUGCCAUAAAUAAUUUACAUAUAAUGUUAUUUACAUAACAUCUUUUUACAAAUUCAUAUGUAUUCAUUUUUUUUUACUUUUAUAUAUCAUUUAUAGUCUUAUAUUUUUAGAGAAUCAUUGAAAAUCAAAAACCAUUUGCAUUUAAAAAGGUUUUUUUUUUUAACAUUUUUUAAAUAUUUUUUUCAUUUAUUUUUUAUGUAACUUAUAUAAUUAGUUUUGUUAAUUUAUUCUGCUAACAUUUGUUCAGUAUAUUGUUUUAACAAAGAAAUGUUUCUAAUUAUUAAAAUAAUAUCUAAUAUAAUAAAAGCACAAACCUUAUUAGGCAACAGAAUACAUUACAAUUACUAUUUACAAAUUAAUAUUUGAAUUCAGUUAAGACUUUUGAAUCUGAAAUAACUGAUUUCAGAUAUUUUCUUAUUAUUUGUAAUGCUGAGAAAUGAGCAGUACUACUCAUUACACGAAGGGCUAGCACCAAUGUUUUGGUUUUCAAAUUAAGCUAUUUCACUUCACUAACCUUGUGAUAGAUGUGAAAGUUACAACCUUUCCCUCCUUCUCCAACAUUCUUUGGCUGAAGAAUGCAAUAGGGAUAAAAACCAGUGUAUUUUCCUCAGCACAUUGGCAGACAUAACAGGCUACAUACUGAAGUAUGUAGUUCUUUUUAGCACAUGAACCUUAUAUUUAACUUGGCUUUUCCUUUACAAGUUUGUUUUCAGCUCUGUAUGGGGACAGUGUUCUUUCUAUAGACAAAAAAAGUUAUAAAGCGAGUUAUGAAAUAAGAAAAUUAUAGCCUCUUGGUGCUUUUCUAAUUAAACAUAAAACAUAUUAUUAAGAUUAUUAAGAUAUAUUUGUCUGCGAUUAUAUUAUUUAGUUAUGAAUUAAUUAAUGAAUGUUGUGUUAAUUUAUACAGUGCAGAAUAGUAUUCUAUAACUGAUGUGUAAAUCAUUUUCUUAAAUCUAACAAUGAAUUUGGGUAAAUCCAUUUAGCUUCAUAUUUUUCUGACCCUGGCCAACAUUAGUAUGCCUUAAAAGCAUAUUAUCUUAGGAAGUAGGUAUUCACUUGAAGAAUGAACCAAAAAAGAUCUCAAAUUAUUAAGUCAAAUACUGUUCUUUGUGUCUGCUUCACCCUGCUGGCAUGUGUUGGCUGAGCCUUUUUGAAGCAGUGUUUUCUGGUUGAGUACUCAUUUUGACACAAACCCUUAUAAGUUGUUUCUUGUAACAGACAAGUGUAUGAUGUACCUAUUGUAAAAACUGAAACACAGUAGAUUAAUCUAAGCUAGUGGGUCUCAACUAGGGUCCAUAUGACCCUUAGGGAUCCUCAUAAGAUAUUGUUGCUAAAAUCUAUGUGCUGUAAACUUCUAUAAUACCCAAAAUGUUUUAACAAUUUGUUUUAAUACAAUUCCUAGUUGUGUUUAAUUAUAAAAAUAUUAUAGGAUUUUUUAAAACAUCGAAUGGCUAUGAAGGUCCAACCAAGCAAAAUAGGAAUCAAAAGGGGUCCAUAGGUAAAAAAUGGUUGAAAACUGCUUAUCUAAACUCUAGUUUGACUAAAGUAAAUUAAACGGUAUACAGUAGCAUUUUGAGAAAUUUUCUACCAGCCUACAAAUUUUCAAUUAACUGAGCUAUCCAGAUAAAAGGUUAAUCCUUUUUAUAUGAGACAACUGUUUCUAGGGUCAUUCUUUAAAUGUCUUCUCUAAUGUUAAACGGUACCUUGAUAGGAUGCUUAUCUAUUGCAGUUAACUUUGUAAAGAUAUAAUAUUUAUUCUUCACUCGGCCAAACUGUGUAAAGUAGAAUAGUCGAUGAGAUAUGAAACUCUGUCAGUUUGUAAUCUAAUAAUACUUUUACUUAGUCAGGUAGAUGAGAAAUAAUGACUUUUUUUUUUUCUGAAAUAUAAGUAAUUCAAAUUUCGAAGAGUAAUUAGUAAAACUGGUAUGUAUCCUGUUACUUGUAUGAUUUGGGAGCACCAACUCAGACUGGUUGGCCAUGUUGCUCAAUUUUCCAAGUUCGAUGCAGACACUACUUAGCGUGUUCUCUUCACUGAAGACUUGACUUGUGUUGGUCGACCACUUGCCACAUGGUCUCAACAGAUGAGGAGGUAUCUUGCAGAGAUGGUGUUAGGCUCUGCUUGUCCAGGAGGACCCAGGAAUAUAUUGACAAAUGGUGAAUGCAGCAAUGUGCUGCAAUGAUUCAUACCCCUCACAUGACCCCCUAUUAGUAAAACCAAUUCUCUGUAUGUAUUACUACCGAGUUAAUAAUUUUCAUGUAAGGCAUAUUCAGUUGCAAUAGGAUUUUUAUAUUAACAUUCGUCUCUUAAUGAUGAAAAUUUCUGUUAAAUCAGUUAAAAAAUAAAAAAAAAAUUAUAAAGAGGUAUUAAAAUUUAGGAAAAAAAAAAAGAGUUUAACAUGAGAGUAUUUAACAUUUUUUCCAAGGAUGGCUGUGCUUCAACUAAAUUAAAUGUAACUGAAAUUAAUUUAUUCACAUUCUGUUUCUCUAACUUAAACUUUCAAUGUUUUAGUUUGUUUAUAAACUCAGUGGCCAUAAGAUAGAAUUGGGAUAUCGGGAUAUAUCUUUGUAUUGGAGAUGAAAUGUUCUAUUAAGCUAAUUUUGUAUAUAACAAAUGUUAUGGUCUUUGUGUAUACAGACACUUGAUUUCAAUAUAUAUAGAUCUUCCUCAGUGUUUCUGUGUGUAUUUGUGGUUGUGUGUUAAAUAAUUGUGGUCAGAUUCUAAUAGUGCUGAACAUCAUGGAAUUUUAAGCUUAUUAUUUAUUGUUGUUUUAAUUUAUUUACUGCAUGAUUUUGUUUAAAUGAAUUUUGUCUUAAUUUUCUUUCCCUAAAAGUUUAAAAGCUAGAUUACUUUUAACUUGAAAUAUUUUCUUCUACAUUUGCGCUAUUCUCUCUAUGGGCUUUUAUUAUUUAAGAAAAAAUAUUUAAAACAAAACUCGUUGACAAACAGGCUGGACCUGGAAUUUAUUGCAUUAUUUCAUAAUUUUCUGCUGAGACAAGCUCCUUCCCAAUUUGUAAUCUUAAUGUAAAAUAGUGUAUGCUGCACAGACUGAGUAAAUAUAUAUUGCAUUAAAAAAAACUCAAACACUAAAAAUCCCAGGGAUCUUCAUUAUGUCAUUUAAUACAUUUUGCCUUUAAUUUUUUUCGGAAUUAGCUCAUAUUCUAAGUUGAAAUUCAUUUGGCUAUGAUUCAUUUUUAUUUUGUUUUUAUUUUUAAAAAAUAAAACGUAAGAAAAUAUUUCCACCGUUAAAGAUAUUUGAGAGGAAAUUAGUAAUCUAUUUUGUAAAUAUUUAAAGUUUUCAGAGUAUACUUUGUAAUAACUUUAGUAAAAUCAAAUGAUCUGACGCUAGUGAAAUGAGAGUUUUGUUCAGAAGUCUUUUUGUCACUUAGCUUUUCGGUAUUCAGAUUUUUAAUUUUGAGAAUUUUUGUAAGAAUUAAUUCAUCAUACAUACUAUACUAUAGGUUGUUUGUCAAGUUCUUGAUUUGCUUCCUUUGGUAUUUUUGAUAUAAAUUGUUUUUGCUUUGUGUAAGUUUCAAAUGGAACAUUUGGUCAUUUCUGACUAAAUCCAGUAAUAAAUUGUUAAUUCUUUUGUUACUGCUGAGAAACAGAAGAGCUCAUUACACAGUUAAUUGUGAGGUAUUUAUACUGCUAUAGUAUAACCUGUACAAUAAUUGCCUGUUCUAAGCAAUAGCAAUUCAGAGAUGAUGAGCAACCUUUUAUAAUAGAUUUGUCUCUUCAGUAUGAUGUUACAAUGAUGAUAAAGACACUGUUCAUGGGAGAAUGAUGGCUUGUAUAUUUAUUUGAUACAAGAGUCAUCUUAAAGUUAAUAAAACAUGAUAAGUCAUAUUCUAUGGUAAAUGAAUGAUAUUAAAAGAUUUUUUUUUUCAAUUGAAAUUAUAUUUUUUUAUUUAAUGGGAUCUUACAUUAUUUUAUUUAACUGCUCAGUCUUCCGAAUAGCAAUACAUUUCUAUUCAUCCUUUACUGUGCAAUCGAAAUAUUUCAACAUAUACGUCUACAAUUUUGCAACCAUUGUCUUAUCAUCUUUGUCGUUGCUUUUAUGAACCAGUUAGAAAUUAAAUUUGUAAAGGUU